GUAAUUAUCGCUACAAUCUCGCUACCGGCGUGUGUUUGCGUAAAAAUGCUGUAGUUGUAGGCUGUCCUGCCUUCCUCUCUGGCCCCUCUGCCUCUCUCCCCCCCCCCCCCCCCCCCCCCAGUGGGCUCCCUGAGACUUCAUGGUGUUUGUGCCAUCUAGGCUUAUCUGCCGCUUCAUUGCAGUCUUUUCUAGCGCAGAGAUUCACACCUCAUGGUCGCUCCUCACCAUCCUCUCUCGCUCUCGGACAAACAAAUAAGUCUUCACUAUUUGAAAACAAGCAGACAACUUUCUUUUGGAUCUACCGUGUCACCGAUUUUUACUAAUUUUCUGCGAUUACAAGGACAUAUUGUGCAAGAAACUCUCCAGCACCACGGGGAGAGAACAGAGAAACGCCUGUGUGCCGUGUAGGAACACUCUCUCUAAAAAAAACCCGCCUGGUCUGAAAUCCAGAGACGAGCCCACACAGCAGCGAGCUGGUUAUUUUUCUACUUGAAAGGGAAACUACAAGUAUGCUGUGAAGCUUUUUGUCGCAGCUUGGCUCCCGGCAGAAGCACAGGUUUCCCACAGAACCAGCUGGUGGAGAGAACAAAAAAAAUCGCGAAGGAGAGAAGUGCGAAAGUAAGAAGCGAUGUGCGGCUGCUGCUUGUGCAGUUUGUCUCUCGGAAUUAGUGGAUGAAUGGGAAGGGAGCGGCUGUAGCCUCGAACCAGGGAAACAGAACAUACUGUAGAGCCUGCGGAGGCACACAAUGGAUACUUGUCCGUCUCUAAAGGUUAAAGAGUGAACUCAUGAGCUGGAGGACUUCUUCCUCUGCACACACAGAGACGACACCUCGCUACGCUCAUCCGAGGGAGGAGGGGGAAGACUUGGGAUUGUUUGUUGCCCGCAGGAGGAAUUCAAGGUGACCUGAGAGACCCAGACACAAAUGUGACAGCUAUUCAGAGUGUACGGUUUGGACUCCUUCUUCCUGACAUGGCUCAACAUGGGUUUGGAUACCUGACCUGACCAAACAACUGCAUCCUGUAGGAGCUGCAUUUCCAUCGUGCUCUUUGAGAGUGAAUGUGUGGCCUUGAGGUGUUUCCGAGGGACCAUAUGGCACAAUACCACAUGAUAUAGGUCCCCAUUGUAUGAACUAACAUGGACAAAGUGGUCAUCAGUCUCCUGCUUCUGGGAACCACAGUUACAAUGGUCCAUGCAUGUCCCAAAUACUGUGUCUGCCAGAACCUCUCAGAAUCUCUGGGGACUUUGUGCCCUUCCAAAGGCCUGCUCUUUGUCCCACCGGACAUCGACCGGCGAACUGUGGAGCUGCGCCUUGGAGGCAACUUUAUCCUCAAGAUCUCCACUCAGGACUUCGCCAACAUGACGGGCCUCGUAGAUCUCACCCUGUCCCGAAACACCAUCGGCACCAUCCAGCCUUUUUCUUUCAUUGACCUGGAGACCCUGAGAUCGCUGCACCUCGACAGUAACCGGUUGACUGAGCUCGGACCUGAUGACCUUCGAGGGCUGAUCAAUCUGCAACACCUCAUCCUCAACAACAAUCAACUGAAUCAAAUCAACAAUGCAGCCUUUGACGACUUGUUACUGACGUUAGAGGACCUGGAUUUGUCAUAUAACAACUUACGCAGUGUGCCUUGGGAAGCCGUCCGUAAGAUGGUCAACCUCCAUCAGAUGAGUUUGGAUCAUAACCUCAUCGCCUUCAUUUCAGAGGGGACUUUUACAGAUUUGGAGAAACUUGCCCGAUUGGACCUCACCUCUAACCGUCUGCAGAAGCUCCCUCCAGAUCCCAUCUUUGGGCGCUCCCAGAGUAAUGUAGUUUUGAGCACUCCUUAUCUUCCUCCGCUGUCUCUUAGCUUUGGUGGCAACCCUUUGCACUGCAACUGUGAAGUGCUUUGGCUCCGAAGGCUGGAGCGUGAGGAUGAUAUGGAAACCUGUGCUUCUCCUGCCAGUCUAAAAGGCCGCUACUUUUGGUCUGUUCGGGAGGAAGAGUUUGUUUGUGAGCCCCCUUUAAUCACUCAACAUACACACAAGUUACUUGUACUGGAAGGCCAAACAGCAAGCUUGCGUUGCAAAGCAGUUGGUGAUCCAAUGCCAAUGGUGCAUUGGGUUGCUCCUGAUGACCGUUUGAUCAGCAACUCCUCCCGAGCGACAGUAUAUGAGAAUGGAACCCUGGACAUUACAAUAACCACAUCUAAGGAUUAUGGUACCUUUACUUGCAUAGCUGCUAAUGCCGCUGGGGAAUCUACAGCCUCCAUAGAGCUGUCAAUCAUUCAACUUCCACAUCUGGGUAAUGGUACAAACCGUACCACACAGUCCAAAUCAGGGCUUUCGGACAUAACUAGCUCUACCAAGAUCAGCAAAGGGGAGCCUAAACCUCUGCCGGAGAAGGUGGUGUCUGUAUCAGAAGUGACUGCUGUCUCUGCGAUGGUUAAGUGGACCGUUAGCAAAGCAACUCCAAAGGUCAAAAUGUAUCAGCUUCAGUACAAUUGUUCUGAGGAUGAGGUCCUCAUUUACAGGAUGAUAUCAAUGACUAACAGAGCUUUUGUAGUCACAAAUCUUGUCCCAGGAAUGCAGUAUGACCUGUGUGUGUUGGCCAUCUGGGAUGACACAGCCACCACCCUCACUGCCACCAAUAUAGUUGGCUGUGUCCAGUUCAUCACCACGGAGGACUACCCACAGUGCCAGUCUCUCCACAGUGGCUUCCUGGGUGGCACCAUGAUCCUGGUCAUUGGCGGCAUUAUUGUUGCCACACUGCUGGUGUUCAUCAUUAUACUAAUGGUGCGGUACAAGGUGACCAGUGGCAUCCAGACUAAUAAAUUACCCUCUGUGAGCAACACCUACUCGCAGACCAAUGGGGGAUUGAACAGGUUCAAUGGUGCCCCACCACAGGUCAAGUCCACUGUGGUGGUCAUGCGUGAGGAAAUGGUAGAGUUUAAGUGUGGAUCCCUCCAGAGUAGUCUCUCUUCAUCCUCUUCCUCUUCUAACUCAUUAGACAGCCACACAGGCAGGAAGGCUAAUGACCGCUACAACAUGCAGGGCAGUGAAUGCAGCACGUUGCCCAGCAGCAAGUUCAGGAGGCACGGCGCAAAAGCACGACCAAACCUGGACAACCUAUUAGGGGCCUUCACCUCACUGGAGCUGCGAGGGGUAGUGAGGGAACACCAAGGGGCCUCUGGACCUUCCUCCACUUCUACUGCUAUGACGACAGUGGCUGUGGCGCCCCCGUCUGAUAAAGAACCCCUACUUGGGAGGGCUGAGUCCACCACCAUGCUUGGACGUUUACUUGGGCUGCCCCAGGAGGGUAAGCCCAAGAGGAGCCACUCGUUUGACAUGGGUCAUGUCGGGGCUGCACAGUGUCGCAGCAGCCACCCUCGCAGGAUAAGCAACAUCUGGACUAAGCGCAGUCUAUCUGUGAAUGGCAUGCUACUGCAGUAUGAUGACAGUGAGGACGAGAAGCCCCCAUUCGAGAGCUCUGAGUGGGUUAUGGAAAGCACAGUUUGAGUCCAACUGUGAGAUCAAUGGACAUAUGAUUAAUCUAUGUCAAGAACUUGAGUAUAGAUGAGAUAUCCCUGAGGGAAUCUGCCUUUGGGUACGGCAUGAAUGUACUCCAUGUGAAAACUGUGUAAGCAACUAUGUAAGAAAAGACACCCAUCUCUAAAGAUUCCUGGCAAUGAUCUCAAGUAUUCGAAAGUCUCUUGAAGUAUUUAAAAUACUGUCUGGAUUCAAAAGAACAUAGAAUCUUGAAUUAUGCUGAUGGGAAUCAUUCCUUAUCCACAGGGCACAUGUGAGUAUCUCUGAAAAGGGAAAAAUAAAGAAAGAAGUGGAUUUAAUAUGUCUAUAUCGAGAGAACUGAAUGCCAAGAGGAUUAACUGCAGCUGUCGUGAAGUAUAUGUGCAUCACAAUGUCUUGGACCCUCAGCGUGACAUGGGACUACUGCAACAGUAGAGAGAAGGACUGGAGGGGCCAAUAGAAACAAAAGUCAUUUUUAUUUUUCACAAGUUUUUCUAUCAUUUUUACUAUUUAUUAUUUGAGGUGAUUCAUCAGCAGGCAGAGGCACAGCUCUUCAGAGGUUUUAAUUGUUCACACAGAGAUGCCAUUCUUUCAUGUGCAGCCAUUUCACAUUAUACAACAGUGGGAUUUCAAUUAAUCACAAAUCAAACCUUUUUUUUUUUGGUAAUGCCCUAUGCUCUAGUUAUCAGCAACAUAGAACCACAGCAAGCCAGUCUUGUAUUUCUACCUCAGGUUAUGUAUCCUAUGAGGUCAUGUAUAAAAGAAUGCAGAUUAACCCAAAUGCAAAGUAUGGACCACAAACAGCCCGAGACACAAAGUUAUGUGCCCAUUUGCAAAUGCUUCAAAUAAUUAUUUAGUCUACAACCAAUUCAACCCAACAUUCCCCUGCUCAGGUUGAUGUUCUGCUUUGACUCAAUGUCUUCAUGAAUGCUUUCAUACUCUCCCCAUUGGUUAACGCUGUUGACAAUGGUCCCUGUUGGCGAAUAGGCCGUUAAUGUAAACACAGUGUUUGCCGCAGGGUAUGGUUUCAGAUGCAAUCAACACAUAUUACAGUCUCCUGAUUGGAAUAGGCUUUGAAAUCCAACAAGCCCACAUACUCAGUUUGCUUCAACUCAUAGAAUAUUGGAUUAUUCGGCUGUAAUUCUCAUGAGGUAACACAAACAAGAGAGUAUUAGAAUUACUCACUUAGCCUGGUUAUGUAAUAAGUCCAAAUUGAAGUCUAUGAGCAUGAUAAAGGUCAUUGAGCUGUUUAGCAGAGAACAUUAGUGGGAGAGGGCCGAGAAUUACAGAAGGAGAACUUUUUAAGGCCCAAACCAUCACUAAUUGGCAAAAUCUUUGGCAAUGUAUUUCAUCCAAUUGCACAAAAAAAAUGUUGGUUUAUGUCUUAUUCUAACUGAUUCAUCAAGGGAACCAUUUAUUGUUUCAUUUACUUUUAUUCAGAGCUGUACAUUGCAAGAUGAUACUUUAAAAUAGUGGCUAUUCAAAUAACUGCCCACAAGUAACAGAUACAUCCAUACCCAUUUUGAUGCCUUUCUCAAUAUCUUAUGGGCCUCUGCUGCAUUUCAAAAUGUGAGCUGGUCAUCAUUUUUUAUUAUGUUUUUCUUCCCUAGGUGUAAUGUUCUGUAUAUUGGCAUUUCUUUUUGUAAAAUUUCUGGGUGAGAAUGUAAAGGGCAGAAAAUUGUGCAGUAGUACUUUUAUGUUCAUGUGAAGCAAACAGUGGGAAGGUGCUUUACUGUGGUGUACCAACUUGGUCAUUGUAAGUUGGCUCACUGGAAUGGGAUUCAAUAUUAUACAAGUGGAGGAAUGGCAGUUUGAAAGGGUCAGUUCACAAACACUAGAAAACACAUCUUUUCUGACUUACCUUUGGUGUUUCUGGCCAUCUAGAUACUCUUGAUGUCUUUUUCCCCAGGUUUGUAGAAACCCUGCCAUGAGUUUUCUACCUUUACCAUAUUUGGUGGAUUUGCUUUCUAAAUAUUAUCUUUUACUGUAUUAUUUUUUUAAGAAAUUAAAGUGAUAUUGGAUGUACAUGAUUUUUGUGUCAAUGUGUGCCUUAAACCAUAAGUCCAGUGACAUUUUCUGUUAUUCUCAUUGUUGACAAAUUCCAUGAAUCGUCCAAAUCAAACAACAAAUUGAGUCAACACCAAGGGUCAUGUGUAUCCAAAGCAGAUAAAUAUCUUAAUCCUAGAUUGUCCUGACUCACAACUUGGUGGGCUGGUGAUGUUCCCUCAUUACCAACUAAAUGGAAGCUGUAGUGGUUUAUGAUUACAUGAUUGCUGCAAAAUGUAUAAUUAUCCACAACUGAAAAUAGUCACUAAUAAGCCCUUGAGUAAUGUUUGGUUAAAGUACCAAGCUGUUAUGGGACAUUAGUUUAUAAUGGUUCAGGUGGUCAUUUGCAGACUGGGAAAGACAAGUCAAAAAUAAUGGAGACAUACGAUCUCAUAAUUGGUUUCAAUAUUCAAGGGAUUUGUGAAAUUAAUAUAGAAUAUCAUCAACAUUACAGUAUGCUGGACUUUAUGUUUCCCUCAAUGGAUUUCCAGAAAUCACAUUAACAAUAAUAACUGAAAUUACGAUCACUAUCAAUGUCAUAUAAUGGGUGAUUUCACACAUAAAACCCAAUCUUUGAAUGGUGGUCAAUGCUUCCACAGAAUCCCCAAAACAUGCACAGUUUUUUUUAUUAUUUUUAUCAGAAUUAUUCACUGAAUAGUAUCCAACUGUAAAUUCAUAUGAAGUUCAUUAAAGGACCUCUCAGAAGACUAUAAGCAGGAGACAGUAUUAAACUGGUAAUAGAGUAUUUUAGACAGUGUUUAAUUCAACAUCUUUUCUAAAGGUGCACUUGUGAUAAUUUAAUAUUUACUAAAGUCAAAUUGAAGCUGGUCUUUCAAGGAAAUUUCAGAAAUGUGUCCAGAAACCUGGAGAUUAUUAGGAUAAUAAAGUCUGUGAAAAGCAUAAGAACAUUGUCAUCACUUAUAGGUUCAGUUUUUUAGGGGUGGAGAUAAAGGGGGGCUUCAUGGUGCCCUAGAGCUCGUUUGCAUAAUCCAACCCUGUUAGUGCUGCAACGAUAUUAAAGCAGUGAGCGCUCUAUCAUCUUCUGUUCUGCCGCUCGAUCACAAGUUACUACAAGUUUUAACAUUACAGUCUUGCAGUUUUUCUAGCUAGCAAUGCCUUCAUACUUCUGAGUAACAGGCUUAUGUUAUACACUGAUAAGCUUACUCUCUUACAUGGGGAACAGGUUUUGUUGCAGACUGAGACAAAAUAGGUAGACUCUCAGGAACGUCAGUGUCCUCAGGUUUGGAAUCUGAUUCUGGCUCUGGUGGCUUAAAGAUGUAUCGUUUAACAGAUCCAAUAGAGCAGUCAGAUGAACCCUCAAUUGUCAGGUUGUAGCAGUUAUUGACAAUUGAGAGUGAGUGGGCGUGGUUCGGCCUAUAGACAUGCGCACAGCAUCCCAGCGCAUAGGUAACUGCUACAUUUUCAUGGUAUUAAAAUUGUUUUUUACAUUUUUAGCAAUCUCUUUUUAGUAUCAGAAUUUGGUCAGCUGGUAAAUAACUUUUUUGUGUUUUUGAUGUAUAUCAAAUUUUAAUCUACAAUAUCUGCUCCAUUGUACCAACAUGUUGAAGAGGGAUGUCUCAUCUCCUGGGUAAAUAGAGCCAAAUAUCUGCAUCUAUAGACAACACUGGUUAUAAAUGAGAAAACCUUUCUUUUUUUGUCUUUUGGGUGAACUGACCCUUUAACCUGCUUCCUCUCCUUUGGACAUAAUGUUACAUCCUCUUGCAGUCUGCUAACUGAGAAUACAUUUUAAGUGUGUACUCGACAUAGUCAUGAUUCUCACCAGAGGUUCUAGGAAAAAAAAAAAAGACGGAAAAAAAACCUGUUUCUGUGUGAAAUCAUUUUGCUACAAAAGAUUAUAAAAUACUGAUUAAUUCCUAUGAACCAAA